AUGCCGGCGAAACGUCUGAGAAUGUACCAAUUCCACAGUCUGUUGCUGGCAAUCAUGACAACGAGGUCAACCCACUUCUUUACAUUUUAUAGUUUACUUGUGGCUGAGGCAAAUAUGUGUUUUCUCAUUGCAUUUGUGUGUCUUUUUCAUCUUCCUUCGGGCCACUGCACAGACUCCGUCGGUACCAGCGGCCUCAUACUCGCAAAAGUCGGCCAAUCGGCCGGACAAUCGCGGCGAUUGCGCGACGUCAAAUGGCGUUCCGGCACUCUGACCACCGGACUCGGACAGUCGAACACCGGCACCGGCAGCGGCAGCGGCGCAACCGUCCGUGUUCGCCCAACCGUGACCGACCUGUCGGCUCCGCGCAGUCAAACAAUGGGCAGAGUGAAAGCGCAGUCAAGCGAGAAGACGCCCUCGGCUACGGGCGGCAUCGUCGGUACCGGUUGUCGAGGCUACGGCGAGACUCGAUCCGCCGGAAGGCUACGAGGUCAACCGGUCGGACUGCUCUACGAAUGGCCCUUUUUCACUCCACCCGUGACCAGACGCGUCGGCAAAGUGACGUCGUCAAAGGCGACGGCGACGGCAACGGCGACGACGACGGAAAACAAGACGAAUGUGGAUGCUGGCGGCAAUUGCGUGAAGCUGGCCGGGGCUCGGGCGAGGCCGGCCACGUGUGUCGGCGCCGAGGAGGCGGAGGAGGAGCAGUACACGGCGCUGCUCGACUCUCUUUUGCGGCAAAUGCCACCAGGUCAGAGGAGACCGGCCGACGGACAGCUUGGGCCGCGUGUGUUGGACGCCAAAUGCGCCGAUCGUCGAACGCCGACUUCAUUGUCAACGUCGACGUCAACGUCAACAUCAACGUCAACGUCGACGUCGACGUCGACGCCACGAAUCACAGCUCGUCUGAUGACUCAUUUGGGCCGACAGCCGCCACUUUACACGCCGCUCACCAUCGCCAAUGUCGACGGCAUCGACAAAGGCAACGGCGACGUCGACGGCGACGGUGGCGAAUGCAGCGAGCAGACGCAACCGGAGGCCGAGAAUGUUGGGGAGACGACAUUUCAGACCAGCGAUCGCCACUUUCACGCAGCCCAAGGCUCCACUGACUACAUCAGUCUUCAGGAAUUGCUCAACUCCUGCGUUUAA